CGGUUCUCGUGGCCGAGAUUUCUGACGAUCAGAUCUGUCUACAAGCAGCUGGCAAGGCUGCCUUUCUACGCUAAAACUGAGGAGCUAAUUGGCACCAUGAAAGUCUUCUGUGGGCGGGCCAACCCAACCACGGGAUCUGUGGAGUGGCUGGAGGAGGAUGAGCAUUAUGAUUACCACCAGGAGAUCGCAAGGUCAUCCUAUGCUGAUAUGCUGCAUGACAAAGACAGGAAUAUGAAAUAUUACCAAGGUAUCCGGGCUGCUGUGAGCAGGGUGAAGGACAAAGGACAGAAGGCCUUGGUUCUUGACAUUGGCACUGGCACAGGACUCUUGUCAAUGAUGGCUGUCACGGCUGGUGCUGACUUCUGCUAUGCCAUUGAGGUUUUCAAACCUAUGGCUGAUGCUGCUGUGAAGAUUGUGGAGAAAAAUGGCUUCAGUGAUAAGAUUAAGAUUAUCAACAAGCAUUCCACUGAGGUGACCAUAGGGCCAGAUGGUGACAUGCCAUGCCGUGCCAACAUCCUGAUCACGGAGCUGUUUGACACGGAACUGAUUGGGGAGGGAGCACUGCCCUCCUAUGAACACGCACACAGGCAUCUCGUGCAGAAAAAUUGUGAGGCAGUGCCUCACAGAGCAACCGUCUACGCACAGCUGGUGGAGUCCAGGAGGAUGUGGUCAUGGAACAAGCUGUUUCCCAUCCGUGUUCAGACCAGCCUUGGAGAGCAAGUCAUCGUCCCCCCCUUGGAACUGGAGAGGUGUCCUGGCGCGCCCUCUGUUUACGACAUUCAGCUGAACCAGGUGUCACCCACUGACUUCACUGUCCUCAGCAACGUGCUGCCUAUGUUCAGUGUGGACUUCAGCAAGCAAGUCAGUAGCUCAACAGCCUCCCAUAGCAGACAGUUUGAACCUCUGGCAUCUGGCCAAGCUCAGGUGGUUCUCUCCUGGUGGGAUAUUGAAAUGGACCCUGAGGGGAAGAUCAAGUGCACCAUGGCCCCCUUCUGGGCACACUCGGAUCCAGAGGAGCUCCAGUGGCGGGACCACUGGAUGCAGUGUGUGUACUUCCUGCCAGAAGAGGAGCCUGUUGUCCAGGGCUCAGCCCUCUGCCUGGUAGCCCAUCAUGACGACUACUGUGUGUGGUACAGCCUCCAGAGGACCAGCCCUGCAAAGGAUGGGAGAGCCCACCCAGCACGCCCUGUGUGUGACUGCCAGGCUCACCUGCUCUGGAACCGGCCUCGGUUUGGAGAGAUCAAUGAUCAGAACAGAACUGAUCAAUACGUCCAGGCCCUGAGGACGGUGCUUAAGCCGGACAGUGUCUGCCUGUGCAUCAGUGAUGGCAGUCUGCUCUCCAUGCUGGCCCAUCACCUUGGGGCAGAGCAGGUAUUUACGAUAGAGAAUUCAGCAGCUUCUCAUAGACUGAUGAAAAAAAUCUUCAAGGCUAACCACUUGGAAGAUAAAAUUAAUAUAAUAGAGAAACGGCCUGAAUUAUUAACACCUGCAGACUUGGAGGGUAAAAAGGUUUCUCUCCUCCUGGGUGAGCCGUUCUUCACCACCAGCCUGCUUCCGUGGCACAACCUGUACUUCUGGUAUGUACGGACUGCUGUGGACAGGCACCUGGUGCCUGGCGCUGUGGUGAUGCCCCAGGCUGCCUCGCUGCACAUGAUGGUCGUGGAGUUCAGGGACCUGUGGAGGAUCCGGAGCCCCUGUGGUGACUGUGAAGGCUUCAAUGUGCACAUCAUGGAUGAUAUGAUUAAGCACGCCCUCGACUUCAGGGAGAGCAAGGAGGCCGAGCCCCACCCACUGUGGGAGUACCCAUGCCGCAGCUGCUGCGAGCCCCAGCAGAUCCUGACCUUUGAUUUUCGGCAGCCGGUCCCCCUGCAGCCUGUCUGUGCUGAGGGUGCCAUCGAGCUGAGGAGGCCCGGGAGGAGCCAUGGGGCCGUCCUGUGGAUGGAAUACCACCUGACCCCGGACAGCACGGUCAGCACCGGCCUCCUGAAGCCUGCGGAGGACAAGGGGUACUGUUGCUGGAACCCCCACUGCAAGCAGGCUGUGUACUUCUUCAACACUGCCCUAGACCCCAGAGUGCCACCAGGUGGCCCCCAGACCGUCACCUACACCGUGGAGUUCCACCCCCACACUGGAGAUGUCACUGUGGAUUUCACGCUCUCAGAUGCCCUGGACCGCGGGUGCUGA